AGGAAACUGCAGCUGCCGAAGCAACAACUUUAAAAGUUCCCACAUCUCCGUGCAUGGAGGUUGGGUUAGAGUCAGUGUUACAGCUCUGAGAAGGGGCAGCCAUAGCUCCCAUCUGCUAGGAGACGGUGGAGACAUGGAGGGCCAGCUGAUUGAUGGGGGAUCCGGAUCUGCUGCAGGACUGUUGGGCAGGCUGCAAAGGGGGGUGAGCUGACAGGAGCAUUCCUCUUGACUGGAGCCUUUGAAUUGGCGGCUCCCUUCUUCUGCACUGGUGCUUUCCACCGCGUUCCAGGCCUCUUUCCUGGUAGGCGCCUGACCAAUCCUGAAGCUGGGGUCGCAGUUGAUGUUGCCUCAUUAGAAGGAGGGGACUUGGGACUUGAUGUGAUGCACUGUGUGGUGGAACGCAGGUACAGCUACCCCAGCAAGCGGAGCUCAUCAGUAUCUGCUUCCCUCUGAGCCCAGCGGAGGAUUUCUUCCGACUUGGACAUUCCUGAGGUGGAGAGUAGGGCGGCUGCCGGGGGUGCUUGCGCUGAUCCAGCGGUGCUGUUCUCUGUAGCUUGAAUGCGCUGGGACAUCCUGAACUCGCGCAUCUUGGGACACCAAUCAAAGCCCGAUAUUGCGCACCAAUCACAUCUGUCUGAACAUCUGCUGGAAACUUCUCCCAGAACUAACCCCAUAAUGCACUGCUGCUCUCUCACAGCUAGCUGACCCUAACUUGACCCUACUGUCUAGCAGAGCAAACCAUCAGGCACUCCCUCCCCCCCGUGCUGCGGUUACAUGAACCUGCCUUGGCCGUGUGUGACAGACUGUGCUGCUUUGUUUGGCUAGGGAUUCCGUUGCCUUGGUGCUGCUGCUGUCACAAGCCUUUUACAUUCAAGCUCCCUUGGUCUUGGUUAAAGGAUGAAGUUCGCUAGGUGAGACUGUUUUUCAUCAAAACAUUGCAGAUAUUUCUGUUUUGAUUUGCCCUGAACUGCAUUGUGCAUCUUCAUUCAAUGCCUAACAUAGAAGCUGACAGAGUUACAAGCAUUCCUGAAAAUAACGACCGCAAACCCAAGAGUCAGCCUCUGAGGAAUAAUCUCCAUGACACUGUGAAAUCCUACAGUAUACGAGAUGCUGCCACAGCAAAUAUUGGGCCUCCUGCAGAAAGACAUUAUCCCUGGGGAUGUCCUGUGACACACACAAAGGAAAAGUUCUAUACCAUCUGUGCAGACUACGCCUUUUUAAAUCAAGCAACAUCUCUUUGUAAAUCAUCAAGUUCCGUCUGUAGCUCAAGCUCAGAGGACAAAUCUGCUUUGAGCAAUACAAUAAAUUAUAUUGAUCUCCAGACCAGCGAAUCAGAUUCUGCAUGCAAUGAGGAUGCAAGCUUGGAUUCUUUAUCUGGCAGUCUUGGUACGCGUCCACUUGCCUGGGAAAUUGAUACAUCAGACUUCAGCACAAUGACUACCAGGUUAAAAAGCAGAUCAGGUGUAAAUAAACAAACUCCUAAGAAGAAAACUGAAAGGAAGGCUAAACCAUUACGGGACUGUCCUCAACAUUUAAUCCUAGAUGAUGUUAAACAACGGAAAGUUCUAGACCUCAGGCGAUGGUAUUGUAUCAGUCGACCUCAGUACAAGACAUCGUGUGGCAUUUCUUCUCUGGUAUCAUGCUGGAACUUUCUUUACAGUACUCUGGGAGCAGGAAGCCUCCCACCAAUUACACAGGAGGAAGCUUUACAUAUUUUGGGGUUUCAACCACCUUUUGAAGAGAUUAGGUUUGGUCCUUUUACUGGAAACACAACUUUGAUGAGAUGGUUCAGACAAAUCAAUGAUCAUUACCAUGUAAAAGGAUGCUCCUAUGUCCUCUACAAGCCACAUGGCAAGAACAAAACAGCAGGAGAAACUGCUGUUGGAGCACUGUCGAAGUUAACGCAAGGGUUAAAAGAGGACUCAACUGCCUACAUUUAUCAUUGCCAGAAUCAUUAUUUUUGCCCUAUUGGUUUUGAGGCAACCCCUGCAAAGGCAUCCAAAGCAUACAGGGGCCAACUUUUUCCACAUGAAGUGGAGUAUUGGAUUUUAAUUGGUGAGCCAAGCAGAAAACACCCCACAAUUCACUGCAAAAAAUGGACAGAUAUUGUUACUGACUUAAAUACUCAAAAUCCUGAAUAUUUUGAUAUUAGACACCCUGAAAGAGGCCUUCAAUACAGGAAAACAAAAAAGGUUGGCGGAAACCUUCACUGCCUUCUGGCAUUCCAGAGACUCAGCUGGCAAAGAUUUGGUCCAUGGCCCUUGCAGCUUGGAAACCUUAGGCCAGAGCCCCAGCCACCUAUACAAGGAAGAAGAAUCCCUAAGUCUGAAAGUGAGGAUAACGUCUCCAAGAAACAGCAUGGGCGGCUGGGGAGGUCCUUUAGUGCAGGAUUUCAGCAAGAGCUUGCAUGGAAAAGAAUGUGUAAUAUACGUGAGCGCAGGGGUAGUGGCUCACCUGAAAGUGAUACGGACUGUGAAGGAAAUGACUGAAUUGUAAGAAGUCGGUGUUAUUUGUAGUUUGGGUUCAUGGCACCUCCAUCUAGCUACGCAUUAGGCAUAUAAUGCUGUACAUGGUUGGUAGACAUCUGUAGGGCUUUCAUACAAUUUUUGCAAUUUUAUUACAAUCGUUUUGAAUGUAUCUCUCAUAAACACCAUGCCUGAUCUACAGUAUACUGUAUAUUGGCAUAUCAGAGGGGUUUUAUUAACCACAAAAUUGGAAUUUAAAUAGUUUCUAUUAAACUACAACAGAAAAGCACUGCACCUCAGGUUAUUAAAUGUUUUGGCCUGAAAAAAUGGAUACACAAAAUAACAUUUAAACUUUUUUCCAGUAACUAAAAAAAAUUAAAGUAUUAGCUAAGUAAUUAUCUGUAUUAUAUACUGUUGCCGGCACUGGUAGAAGUUGUGUGUUUGCUUCAGGAACACUAAUACUAUAGUUUUUAUAAAUAAGCUGCUAUGUAGCCAUUGGGGUAGCUAAUUAAAUGGAAAUAGGGCUAAAUGGCCCAUGUAGCAGAUAAAAGCUCUGUAAAGCACCAUUUAAUUCUACAGAGCAUAUUUGUUAUCUGCUAUGUAACCUGACCUUUUUCCCCUGUGGCUAAUAAGCAACUUAUAUAUAAAAGGGAGAAGAGCCAGUGUUCAUGAAGUGAAAAAAUGCAAUUGCAUAGAAAUUUUUUUUUUUUUCUAUAUGAUUGAAUUUUCGCAACUUCAUCAAUUUGUAAAUUGUCCUACCCAUUUUUUUUUCUCUUCAACUUCAAUAUGCAAUUUUAGCCUACUGGCACUGCAUUUGUCUUUGUAUUUUUCACAGACACAAAAUACCAGGAACUGACUCAAAUUUUACCUAACUGCUGAGGUCAAUGUAGUUUGAUAGACAUAAUUUAGGUAUGUCAUAAGAAGCAUGAUACAGUUUGUGGUGUUUUAUCUCAGUGAUACAAAGUGCCACACGUGCCCCUGCACAUAUUUUUAAUGUAUCAGAACACAUAAGCACAUCUUUUUAGUAAACCUCAUAUUUUGUAAAGCGUCAUGCUUCCUUGACUUUGCGUUUAGACUAGAAUGAUUCCUGUAUAUAAAGAAUAUAAUGUUAUCUGUAACUGCAGAUCCCAGAAAGCAUGAACUUUCAUCCAGUUUGGGGGUAUAAAACUGGUAGGUAUCAACAUAUAGCUGUUUGGGUUGCCCUUUAACAGCUACUGAAGCACCUCCAAAUGGGUGUCUCUGCUAUAGAUUAUGCAUGUUUAACAGAGGAUACCCGUUAAUAUAGAAGGGUAGCAAAACUGUCUCCGGUCUGCUUAUUCGAAGCAAGGUUUUGCAGAGAGUGGUUUACCAAAGUCCACAGAGGUAAAGGCUUUUCUGGCUGUCCUUAAACCUAUCUACUGAUGUGCAUCAUAAUCUAAAUAUUGCCUAGCAGAGGGCAGCUUUAUGUUUUAAGUUUUGUUUCUCCCCAUGUCAGCACAUAUCUCUCUGGGCUAUUAUUUAGUGCCAGAAAAAUAAGUAUAAAUGAAUACUAAACUCAACCCACACCACAAGUGUGUCGGUUCUGCUGGAAAGCUGGCAAAGAGAAGCUACAAAAUAUACAUACUGUAAGUAUGGCCAGCAAUAAUGUCUUAAAAAGUUUUCGCUUAUUUUCUACUUUUAUAGUUCUACUUCAUCAAUGUAUCUGCUUCUCUUUCUUUGAUACUGUACCUUUCUUUUCUUAUCUAACUGAUAAAACUUAACUUAUGUACA